UCGAUUUUAGCAAUUCGAAUUAGGGUUAGUGUGGCCGCAAUUCGAUGGUAUUGGCCUCCGGGAGCUAUCCCACAGUGCAUCAUUGUGACCGCUCUGGACAGCAAUCCGAACUCGGAUGCACUGGCCAGGUAGACAGGAAAAGCCCCGCGAACAUUUGAACUUCAUUUCCUGUUUGCCCAGCGUGGAGAGCACAGGUGACCACAGAUACCUCAUCAGCUCAGGUAACCAUGCAGGCUGAUAAUCGAAAAAGAGCACCAGCAUGGACCGUGAGGGAGGUACUGGAUCUGAUCGCUGUAUGGGGAGAGGAUUCAGUGCUUGCAGAACUUCGUUCUAAAAGACGAAAUGCAAAAACUUUUGAAAAAAUUUCCAAGGGCAUGAUGGAGAGAGGCCACAAUAGGGACUCUGAGCAGUGCCGCGUGAAGGUCAAGGAGCUCAGACAAGCCUAUCAGAAAACAAAGGAGGCAAACGGUCGCUCCGGGUCAGAGCCGCGGACAUGCCGCUACUACGCCGAGCUGCAUGCAAUUCUAGGGGGGGCUGCCACCACUACCCCACCUUUGUUCGUGGAUUCUGGGUCGGGGAUAGUCUCGACGCCUGAGGAUUCUGCCGAUGGGGUAGAGGAGGAGAAGGAGGAGGAGGAUGAGCUUGCAGAGAGCACACAGCACUCCAUUCUCCCCAACAGCCAGGAUCUUUUUAUCACCCUGACUGAAGUACCCUCCCAAGCCUCCCAAGCCAGUACCCAAGACUCUGACCCCAUGGAAGGGACCUCAGCAGCUGCAAAUUCCUCAAGCCUCCCUCCUCCAUCCCGAAGGUUAUCACAGAUAAGGCGUCGUAAGAAGAAGACGCGGGAGGACAUGUUUUCUGAAAUUAUGCAAUCCAGCAGGAGUGACAGAGCUCAUCUGAAUGAGUGGAAGGAAACAGUUUCAAAGUAUAGGAAAGAAGUCAGUGAACGUGAGGAGAGGAGGGACCAACGUGAGGAGAGGAGGAACCAACGUGAGGAGAGGAGAGACGAUCGAGAUUAGAGAUGGCGGCAGGAAGACCAGAGGAUGAAGGAUGCAACGCUGGGGCUGCUCCGGCGUCUGGUGGAGGUUCAGGAACGGCUGCUGGAAAACAGACUGCCGCUUCAGCCCCUGUUCCACCCUCCCCCCUCCCCAUGUUCCGUAUCCUCCUCACCCAGACGUGUAAGAACGCGGGGGGGGAGGCUCCGUACACCUUCCCAUUCCACCCCAGUAGACAGCCCAAGCAAAAGGCUGUCAU